UGAAUUGGACAUUGGCUGGUUAUAACGUAGAAGUUUUGUAAUAGCGAUAAUAUAGCGUGAGUCAAGUUGAGUGGUUUUAAUCGAGUUGUCAGCCAUGAAUUUAAAUUCAAAGGAUAAGACAAAAUGAUACGCAAGAAAACGGGACACAUUUCUAUUUCUUACGGUCAAGGGAUUACCUGUUGAAAUUAGUGCAAGUUUAUAAACUUUUUAAAUUUCUAAACAAGGUGUAUUGUUAGAAGUGUUCUUUUGGUAAAAGUAACGGAAUCUUAUAUCUUCACAAUGCUGACAACAGUUUUAUGUGUUUUAACUUGUGCAUUUAUAUACCAGGUGGGAUUAACUCUAGGUUUUGAUGUUUUAAAGAAACCACAGAUUGAUACAUUAAAUUCUACGCUAUAUUUAAACAAGGGAGAUAAUUUAACGCUGACUUGCUCCGGUAAUAAUGAUGUAAAAUGGUAUUCUACAGCGCUGGGUGCAGGACAGCAAGGGACACCUGAACCUGAAGGCCAUGGUAUAUUAUUUAUUUCACUUCCGGUACAAGAAGGUGGUCGUUACGCUGUACAGUUGAAUAUUACCAAUGCCCAGUAUUAUGACACGGGACGAUAUAGCUGUCUUUACAUAGAUGAUUAUAAUAAGAUCAAUUCUAGUGUCUAUAUCUACGUCAGAGAUCCAGAUAGAUUAUUAUUGGGGCAUGCAUCAGCACCAUUUCCAUUCUUCCUGUUGAUCAAUAGAAAUAGACCAGCAGUAAUUCCAUGUAAGGUAUCGGAUCCAACGGUUAAUGUUAGUCUGGUAAAGUCUAUCGGCAUGGUACCAGUAUCAGGAAGAAAAGAUGUUACAUAUGACCCAGAAGUUGGUUUCACACUGUACUUUCCUAAUUUAUUUUAUGCUGGAAAUUUUAAAUGUAUUGCUGAAUAUAAUGGGACAGAAGAUGAAAUGAUGGUCGUUCUAAGAUACAGUGAUGUGUUGAUAUAUAUGCCACCUGUAGUAAUAGAUGUUGAACCAGCUAGAAACGUAAUGGUCAAUAGCUCUGUCAAGUUAACCUGUAAGGUCAAAGUUGAAAGGGACACAAUGAUACAAAUGACCUGGGACUAUCCUAAUAAACCACAUACAGAUGGAAUUCGUCCAUCCAAGGCUAAAAGAGAGACAGUGCUAGGUCAAUAUUCAUACAGUGAAAUAUCCAUGACAUUAGAUAUUGAUGUUAUUCAAGUCAGUCAUAUGGGAGUGUAUAGAUGUACCAUCAAAAAUUACAAGAAAGAAUCAUAUGGUGAAACCAUCAUCAGUGUUUACGAAAAGACAUUUGUAUAUUUAACUCCGGGAGAUGAUGUUGAAGUUGUCGUAGGUGACAAGAAAGCUUUCCUUCGAUUUGGAAUCAAUGCUUUUCCUGAACCCUCUUUAGAAUGGUAUUUUGAAGAUAAAAAAAUUACUGCAAAUCAUUUUUAUGGCAUCGGACAAGUUGAUGAUGCUGCUGCAUUAUCAGUAUUUUAUCCUACUGCUUCUAAAAUGGGGAAGUAUACACUGUUCGCCUAUACACAAGAUAUGAAUACAUCAGCUUCUAUGAACCUGUUUGUUUUUGGUCCUCCUAAGAUGAAGUGGGCGACUAAAAAGCCUGUAACUAAGUAUAUGAUUAAACAGCGCUGGAGGUUAGAGUGUCAAGCUACUGGUUAUCCAGCCGCUAAUGUCACCUGGCUAUUUAAAGAAUGUUUACCUCAGAAUUGUUCGGAGUGGGUCAACAUUACUGAAACUAAUUUGUCUUACGAGAUCAAAGGUACUACCCUAUCCAGCCUUGAUAUUAUAGCUGAACGAUCAGGUUGGAUUCGGUGUCAAGGAGAAAAUAAUUAUGGUAUGGAUUUCUUAGAAACUGAGUUUACUGUUGUUGAGGUUCCAAAUGGUUUAGGUUUCAGCGAAUUAAAUCGUAACGUAACAGAAUUUGACCGUCUGGAGUUAGAAUGUUAUGGGAGUCGUCACUUUUACAAAGAUUUGGUUAUUUUAAAAGUUAAAGACAGUCCUAUAGCCCUUGACAGCAAUGUGAUUGACAAUGAUAAUGAUAGUGACACUACAGUCAGUUAUACAGUUGAUAAUAAUUUUACUACCUCGGCUACAGAUACUGCUGGUUUUACAACUAUUGUCGAACAAACAACCCAUUCCAAUGUAAGAAAGGCAUUAUUUGAAAAGCUCAGUAAGAAAGAUGCAGGUGUGUAUGAAUGUAAGGGUUUAACGUUUGACAAGAAAUUCCACACAGCUCAGUACACACUUAAACUACAUGAUAUUAUUCCUCCCUUCAUGAUUAAAAGUACAUCUGGUAGAAUUCGGGCCCAGAAGUCAACUUCAUUAUCAAUGGAAUGUCUUUUCGGAGGAUUUCCAGAGCCACAGGUCCAAUGGUAUAAAGAUGGUGAUAUCAUCCGAGGUAACAAUACCAUGGAUAUUGGCUUCUCUCAAAAUGGCGGAAGAAUGAUUAUAGAUAAUGCUACCGAGGUUCAUAUUGGAACUUAUAUGUGUGAAGCUUGGAACUAUGGAGGAAAAGUAUUCAGCAGCAAUAUGACUCUUCUUGUUGGAGAAAAUUUGCACGAGGCUGGAUUUUCUAAGGUUUAUAUUGGAAUAAUUGUUUGUAUUCUGAUAGCUGCAGCCAUUAUUGUGGUUAUUGUUAUAUGCUUCAUUCGAAGAAUGAGAAAGAAACUGACUAUAAAAAUGAAAGAUUAUGAGCAAUAUUUAUUGGCGCCGAAAGGAGAUUACAAUCCAGAAAUACCAAUAGAUGAACAGACGGCAUCGCUACCAUACGAUCCUAAAUGGGAAUUUCCUAAAGAUCGAUUAAGAAUGGGUAAUGUAUUAGGUCAGGGAGCAUUUGGUCGUGUUAUUAAGACAGAAGCUAUUGGUAUUACAGAAGGUCAAUAUGUUACAACUGUAGCUGUUAAAAUGGUUAAAGAUUGUACAGACAAGGAACAGAUGAUGGCCCUACUCUCAGAGUUAAAAAUCCUUAUUCAUAUCGGACAACAUCUCAACAUUCUUAAUUUACUGGGAGCUGUCACCAAAAAUAUCAGAUUUGGUGAACUCUAUGUUAUUGUUGAGUAUUGUCACUUUGGUAAUGUAAGAAGUUAUUUAUUGAAAAAUAAAGACUCUUUCGUUGAUACAAUGGAAGAUUAUGUUGACCCGGCUGUGGAGAAAAAACGUGAAGCCGCUUCUGAAAAAUCAAAACGACAUUACAUCAACACUCCAGCACCAAAUAAUAGUGCUGAUCUCAUUGGCCCACCUCUCACAACAAAGAAUUUGAUUUGCUGGUCAUUUCAAGCUGCUAGGGGAAUGGAAUAUCUGGCUUCUAAAAAGUAUAUUCAUCGUGAUUUAGCUGCUAGAAAUGUUUUAUUAAGUGAAGAUAAUGUUAUCAAGAUCAGUGAUUUUGGUCUAGCUAAAGAUUGUUACAAGAAUAUGGAAUACAAGAAGAAAGGCGAUGGACCGGUACCAGUAAAAUGGAUGGCUCUAGAGUCUCUAACGCAUAAAUUAUACACAACAAAAAGUGAUGUCUGGUCAUAUGGAGUUUUAAUGUACGAGUUAUUUUCUUUGGGAGGCAAUCCCUAUUCUGGUAUUGAACUUAAUGAGAAGUUUAUAGGACUCUUAAAAUCUGGUUAUAGAAUGGAAAAGCCAUCUCAAGCUUCCGAUGAAAUAUAUCAAAUUAUGUUACGUUGUUGGGAUGCAUCACCAGACAAACGCCCAUCUUUUGUACAACUAGUCAACAUCAUGGGCGAUUUCCUGGAAGCUAAUGUUAAACAGUAUUAUCUUGACCUCAACUCAACCUUUUCUAAGAUGUUAGAUGAAAGUGGGGCAGACGAAGAGGCUGAAAAAGACGGCUAUUUAAAGAUGUCUGGCUCAACAGACUAUACACCCAUGUCUGUUGCCAUGCCCGAUUCUUAUACAGGAGAAGAUGAUGUAGAAUCGGCACGCUAUAUCAACCAAGCCAGAUGGAGAAAAGAAAAGGCAGACGACAUUGAGCUUCAGCCGUUGACUGGAGGUAAAACUACAGAGAAUGAGUUGAAAGAAGCAAAACCUAUAAAAGACAAAGAUGACUCCAAUUCACCUGUUCAGCUUAGAACUCGCGCCGAUAUUCAUUGUCCCGAUGAUACAGAUAGUGGUCACUCGAGCAGUUACGCUCCAGGAACAUCGCCGGUUGACAAUAAUGGCUACUUAGUCCCUAAAUUACUUGAGGAACCUGAAAAAAAGACCAACUCCGCAGGUGACAGAUCGUUUUCUUCGAGUGCGUUUCAUAAUAGUCUGUUCAAUGACUCACCACCACCUGACUAUCGUGCAGUCAUGGAAGAAAAUCCCAAUGCGCUUCCGGUUUGACGAGGAAAAGAUAAAUUUUGGAAUGUUAAUUUAUUUGUUUUAGUGUCAAAAUAGAUGACAACAUUAAUACAGAGUUUGGUAGAUAAGUUCAAAUUUUUAUGGACUUGGCCCGCUCGGAGAUAUCAAGAUAGAUAUAGUUAUCGUUAGAAAAUGUCCAUGCUUAGAUAAAUUAAAUUAUGGCAUGGUUAUAACAGCAGUCAAAUAAUAAAAGACAUCUUAAUUAAUGUAUUUAUCCUCGGCAGGACAGAACUUAGCCUCAUUAUAAUACACAAAAGAUUUUUCCACAAUAUACUGAAACUUGUUUGCUGAAGGAACAAAGUCAAUUGCAUCAGUUGAGAAAUCUUCAUGGAGGAGAGAACUUAAGGUAGCCAUAUUAGGAAAAAGACCUUUUUUUAAAAAAAAAAUAUUUAUUCACUGAAGGAAUGAAGUUAGCCAUGUUUAACACUGCCAAAGAUCACUUGUGCUAUAAUAUGAUAUAAAUACUACACAAUAAUGGACCUAGUGCACAUGAUCUGAUGAUGUAAACAAGAAUGGAUGCUAUUUGUGCACAUGAUAUGAUGAUGUACAUGGUACAUAAAAAUCAGUAUUGUACAUGAACACAAUUUGAUGAUGCAAUCAUAAUUUAUGUAGUGCAUCAUUAAUAUUUUUACAUAUCUUAAAAAUAUUGUGAAAAUAUGUGCUGAUACAAAGACAAAGUGAGACUUUUAUUUGAAAGAAAAUAUUUUAUUUAUAUGACGUGUAGUUGGUUAGAGAGAGGAAGUGGUUAUGAACAGAAACAGUGUUUCUAAAUAGAGUUGUAACAUAUCUAGAAUGAAAGCACUCACUCCUAAUUUCUGUGUCACAUAAGAAAAUGUUAUAUUUUUUGUGGAAUGUGUAUUUUACAUACAUCUUUCAUGGACAGAAUAUGAUUGUUUAUCUGGACGUACUGAUGCCUGAUAAUACAAGCUUACCCAAUUGUUUCUGAUUUUAUCAGUUAAUAAGCUGCCUUUGGACAGUGUUAUCACUACAAAAGUUGUGUAUUUGUGGCUUUAGUUUUACUACCAACCAAGUAAAAUGAACAGUGACAAAUAAAAUCGCUUUGUUGGUGACUGAGUCAAGUACUGAAUCUGACAAGAAAAUCUUCAUGUGUACAGAUAACUGAAAGGUUAUUAAUUAUAUAUUUUUAAUUGUUGUAACUUGUUACGAGAAAUUGCUAGUUUCUAUCUUAUAAUUCUAUCAUAUAUUAUAUAUUUUAAUAUUUGUCAUAAUAUUGGUGUAUCAGUUCAACUUAUUGUUAAAGUGGCCUUAAUUUGUUCUAUACACAGCUAUAGUAUCAUAGAUUGAAGAGGCAAGUAGGCUACACAAAAUGAUCAAAAUUGCUUUCGAUUACCUCGGCUCAAAACAGAUGUUAGUGUGGACAAAAUAGCAUCAAUUGUGGAAAUGGUAACUAGCUUUCUUGCUGUUCACGCAAUUACUUGUGUGAAAUGUUGUCUCGGUCCACCAUUUAAAAAUGCAUUCUGAAGACCGUGUUUUGAAUUUUUAGUCAUUCAAAAAUUUCUGUACUUUUGACAUUAUAAAAAAAUUGACACUAUUUUAUCCUGACAUUUUGACUGGAGCAAUCAAGACUAGGUUUCAAUUUCCCUAAAAAGAAUCUCUAUCAGACAACCAAUCUAUUAAUUUUAAGAAAUUGACAUUGAGGAAACAAGGCCCUUAUCCUUCCAUACAUUGAUCUGUUCUUGCCAUAGCUGAAUCAAAAUAAAUAUUAAUAUUGCAUAAAACUUAGUGAAAUUACAAAUGUUGUGUAUCUUAUUUUUUGAUGGAAUCUGGUGCCUUGUACAUUUUGAAUUAAACUUUUAAAAAUCUGCUCAUUAACCUUUUGAACCCUGGUAUAUAUACCAUAAAUGAUCCCUCCCCCCUGGCCCAUGGGGCAAAAUUUGACAAUUUUCAAGGACAAAAUAUAAAAUUGCUAAUUACUCAAAAUGCCAACAAGGGGCAUAUUCUGCAUGUGUUCAGAGCGGAAUUAAUAAUGCGUCAUGCUUGGCCAGAAGACCGGCCAGUCGGAAUAUAGACACAAAUGUUGAAUUAAAAGUUUGAAAAUUGAACUCCACAACUUAGGUAUCAUAGUCAGGUUAGAACCAAGCAAUGUUGACUAAAAACCUGUGGUAUGUGUGUCAUAGGUUAGCCACCAUUGUACAUGUUGUAAUUUCAUGAGGUAUUAUUAUUAUUAUUAUUAUUCCUAUACUGCUGCUUCAUAUUACGAGGAACAAGAAUCAAAAUGUAAUAAUUUGAUCACAAUUUUAUAUUUAUUGGAUAUUGUAUGAUAUUUUUAUUGAUGAUAUUUACAUAUCGUGAGUGCCUCUCGAUUGCUGCCUCGUCCAUACACUAUACAUUUUAAACAUUUUCUUUUAAUACAAGAAUAUUCAUGCUCGUAUUUUCUACUUUAUAUUGAAAAUGUUGAGUUAUAUUCAAUUUUUAUAUAGGUUAAUUAAAAUAAAAUAAACUAGACCUCUUUAAAUUUGGAGGCGAUUUAAUUGAAUUGAAUAUGUUUUGUGAACAAGAUGUCUGUCUACAUUUACAAUUUUAGGUUCAGAGAUAUCUAUAGAGCCAAUAUUGAGAUAAAGCUGAAUUUGCACUGUUAAUACUUUAAACCAAAUUUGAAACAAUGAUUAGUAAAUAAAAUGACUUCCUCUUAAUCUUUGGAAUCAACCCCACCCCAACAGCUAAUCCAAGAGGUAUAAACAUAUGUAUUAAAACUCCCACCAGAAAAAUUAAGCCCUCCUACUAACGUGUUGCUUGCCAAUCUGCAAUUUACCAAAAAAUUAUGAUCUGAUUUAGCAUGAGAUUUUGGUAACAGAUAUGAAAAGGCUUUGAGCAACGGACGUUUAACUUGGAAAGAAAAUGAAUUUCCACUAUAGAUUGUCUUACGGCCUGGAUACGAUGAAACCUUGGCUUAAUUUGAAUAGUGUCUAUAGAUGUUAAAUCAUAUCAGUAGUUUAUACUGCCUUAUGUGAUGUUAAAUACAAUAUAUAUGAUGUAACGUUUUUUUUUUUAUUUUCAUGUACAUCGUUGUAUGUUAUGUUCAUAUAAUUAAAUGUAAUAUUAUGUUCGUAUUCAACAAAUACUUGUUAGUUAUGAAAUUUAAUUGUACAAAUCCAGACUAUCAAUUGAAUGAAUUUUUUUAAGAAAUAUGUGAUAUUUAUUUUAAUAUUUUCUGGUUUGGUAUUGUCAUUAGCUCUAUCGUUCCACAGUUUAGACCUAAUUGAUCUGAGAAAAAUAUUUGCAACUGGUUUGCAACUAUUAUCAAAAAAGAUCCUGAUCAAAUUAAGGCCCAUGCUUAUUAUUUUUUCCCUAAUCUUUAGACUAACUUUUAGAGAAGAUAAUAUAUUUUAUUGGGCUUGUUUGUAGAAAGGGGGGUUGGAUGGCCAAAUGGUUGUACGUGACAAGGAGUAAGGUUGCCUGUCCAACCUCGUGGGUUUUCUCCGGGUCCUCUGGUUUCCUCCCACUGCUAAUAGACCCCUACAUGCAAGCGAAUUAUUGAAAUAAAAUUGAACCAUGUGCUAGUCCCCAACUGACCUAGUUUGUGUCGAGUGGACGUUAAACCCCAUUUCUCUCUCUCUUUCUCUGUUUAUAGAAAAGCAGAGAAUAUCUUUUAAAGAUAGUCCAAACUGUUCCAGAUAAAUUUAAAGCUGCUGGUGACCAUAUUUUGUGACCUGGCAAACUAUUUUCUUUCAAUACCAUGUGUAUGUAUGUAUUGCCUUGCUUUAGCCAUGUUGUUAAUAUUGUCUUUUGUAUUGUUUUUUUGCCAUGUCAGCCUUUGUAUACCUAUAUUUCAAGUAUUUUAGAGUCGCAAACUAAAUAAGUUUUAUAAAAUAUUUGUUUGUGCCUGUGGCCAACGAUAUCUUGGGAAAAUAAAUUAGAAUUGUUAUUAAAUAGUAUUUUUUAAAAUCUGAUCAUACAUUACAUGUAAUGAGAUUCAUGACUACCAUUUUGAAUAUUCAUUAUUAUGUAUUGCAUUGGCAGCAUUGCCCAAUGUUAUAACAUUUAUUCCAAGUGGUGUAGGGAGAUACGUUGAGUUUUUGUUUUGUUUUCAAGUUGAGCUGUAUUUUACCCUAACUGUCAAUAAACAUUUGACAAUGCAGAGCUUCCAAAGCAAGGGGAGCAUUAAAGUAAAAAUGGUUGAUUAGUUAAAUACUACCAUGGCAACAUUAUGUUGGUGUGUCUACAUUUAAAUGGUCCUGUCAGAUAAAAAAUGUUUUUUGACAGCUCAAAGCCGGAUUGGUCGGACCAUUUUAUUUUAGUAUAAUGCCCAGCGUUGAGGUAUAACUUCAUUUGUCUCCCUAUACUACUGUUCAUUAUAAUUAAAUAUUAAUUUUUACAUUGUCAUAAUUAGAAUGUGCUGAAACCAUGUUGUUAACUGAUUGUAGAAUUUAGCAUCUUAUAUUUAAUUUAUUUUUAUCAUCCAAAUUGUCUUUUUAGUCUUGACGAUCUAUUUAUUAGAAAUGAGUUUUAAUUUUUUAAGAUAAAUCUUGCUCAGAUGUUUUAACUUUUAACUCUUUUGUUAAGGUAUAAAAUAACAAAGUCCAAAUUUUUAAUUGCAAAUACCACACGAUGUCAAAACACAAUAUGUGAUUAUACAAUUAAUAUGAGUGAUGAGAUUGUUGUGUAAGAAUUAAAUACUAGUAGUCUUGAAAUGUCUUAUUAUGCUUUGUCUGUUAAAAUAAUAUUGAAUAAUGAAUGCUUGCUUUUCUACAAACGGAACAUCUGUCAAUUAAGAUCUGAAUUUAGUUGAAUCUUUGUUUUGGGGACCAUUUUCUGCAUGCAUUUAAUACAAUAACAAACUUUGAAGAGCUCAUUUUUUUGGUCUUCAUGAAACUUGCUCUAAUGACUUUGAUCAGUUCUUAUUUAGAUAAAUUUACACAGAUUGCUCAACAUUAACGAGAAUUGAAGAAAAUUUUCUUUUUUUUUAGUAAAAUCCUCUCCUAUAUGCUCACGCAACAAAUCAGAAACUCACAUUAUUUGAUAAAUAAAUAUUAAAGCUCAUACGCCAAAGAUUAUUUAUAGUCUAUCUUGGGAUGAUUUCUAUCGUCAAUGUGUAUUUUACGACAGUAGUAUUAAAUAAUUUUGUAAAAAAAAAUUGGAUGUCCAAAUCAGAUGUCUGCAACAUACCCGGUAGUUAAAUGAAUAUCUCUACAAUUUUUUAAAUUGAUUAUGUGUGAUAUACUAGUCUUAUAUACUGGGUAAAUGUAAACUGAAUUGCGGCAAAUAACAAAAUACUCAAAACGCAUAUAGAACUACUGCAUCAGUCACCUCAUAUGAAAAUCCAAAUUACAUGGUAAUUAACUCCUGAAAAUUAAGUAAUGAGAGCAUGGGGAGCGUACCAAAGUUCCCAUGGUCCUAACCCUAACCACAUAGGAUCCUUUAUCAUGCCGUCUUCAUUAACCCAUUCAUUAGGCCAGUUGGAGCAGAUUAUUUGAUUUAUCAUGUUCCCAUUAUAUACUAUUAUUGUUAAUCUAGGAAACACAUGGACCCUGGAAACAUAGGAAUGACUCCACAAUGCACUACAAAUUUCAAUUAUUUAAAUAUUGUGGCCGAUACAGCAGUAACAAUUAGUAUUGGUAGUCUAUGCAGGUAGAUAUUUUACACUAGCUGUAUCUUAUAGUUCAUCCUUACUGUAGAUUGUAGGGUAUUCAUGGUUUUGUAUAUUUGUAAAUAAUUAUAUUACUGUAUUAUUAUAAAUUAAUUAUAUUAUAAAUAUUAUACAUAUUAUCAUUGACAGCAAUAAAUUGUUGAACUUUA